AUGUCGCCCUCGCUCUCCGGAAACCCCUUCAUCAUCACCGCAAUAUGCUCCCACCUUCCCCCUCCUACCCUCUCCCGCAUGCUUCGCGUCGACAAGCAGUGCUUCCACAUCGCCGGUAAAGCGCUCUAUCGGUACCUCACCGUCAACACCAUCGGAGAUGGACGGCGCACAUUACCUCCUGUCGAAGCCUUUUAUAGCCAAAAGCUGUGGCUGUCCGGGAACCCUCCAACCAAGUCGGGCGUCGGUAGCGCUACCAAGGUCGCACUCCUUGCCAUGAUCGAGGUGCUGGACAUCACCGAGGAGGCAGCCCUUCGGAUCGCCAAUAACGUCCAGCCGCUCUCGGAGGACUUGGUAGCGGUACCCCACCCGCUUCGCAACAUGAAGACGCUGGUCUUGCGGUCGGAGGUCAAUCCCAGAACCGCCGAUCCUCGGCAGUCGGACGGGAGGUCGUUCGGUGACGGAUGGGCACCGGAGCUCAUUGUCUUUAUCGGAAGCUCCAAGGCUCUGAUCCGCGUCCUCAAUCAUCCGCGCGAUGACGGGCCGAAAUGGGGACGGUUGAGCUGGCCGCCCGUGCGCCGCUUACAACACCUUUCACCCUUUCCAUUACCCACGGAUACGGCGGUCGCUUUCGGUGAACGGUCGGGCCUCUCCACCCGGCUAAAGAAUCUUACCUCCUACGACCUCUACUACGACGUCCAAACCCCAACCCGUCAUCCGCGCAUCGAGGGCGACAUGGCGCUCUCUUUCAAAUCGUGCGGCCUGAGGGAGUUCCCAAUCAUCGGAAAGGUCGACUACAAGCGGCGGGUAUUGGCAUUCGGGCUCGCGGCCGCCAUACUCGAUUGUCCUCCGGAUAUCAAACCUACUCUAUGGUUGCCAAACAAGCCCGCUAUCGUGGUUCGCAACUCAAACUUCCGCACACAGGCCGCCGCAUGGUUGACCCACAUGCUUUACUGCCACGUGCAAUACAAUAUAGGGGGGAGCGUGGGGGAGCGCUGGGACCCCUUCCUCGAAGCCGAGAGGGUGGAUCGCGAGCUGGACCGAAUACUGGGGGAGGUGGUUGACGGUGGGGCUUGGCCGGCGGGCCCAGUCUUCCCAUCUGUGCCAACGGUGGAUAGGACGUCGGAGGAAUGGAGGAAGGAAGCGGUCAAAAAGAGGGUCAAGGCGGGAAUAAAGCGCACCUGGUGGUUUCCGGACCCAACAGACGGAAGUUCGUGGAAUUCCGAUAGUAAGCGAGGAUCCGCCGCUGGAGCGACCGCACCCGCCGCGCCCGACAGUGACAGGGGGAUGAGAGUGAUGAUGGAAGGCGACAGGGUGCACACGCAGGGCAGCGGUUUCGGAGUCUCGCCUCAGUAUAGUAGUACAUGUCGAUCCCGGUUGAAUGCCAUACAACGUGUACGGCAAAGCGCUGUUUUGUCGGCCGCGCGAUGCGCCGAGGACAAGCUACGGUACACCAUGGUGCUUCGCUAA